UCUCUAAUCCUCUCUCUCUGCAGUCAUCAUGGCAGAAAUUAAAACGGGAGUCUUUGCUAAAAACGUGCAGAAACGGCUGAACCGCGCGCAGGAGAAGGUCCUGCAGAAACUGGGAAAAGCAGAUGAGACCAAAGAUGAGCAGUUUGAACAGGUAGUCGUGAACUUCCGGAGACAGGAGUCUGAAGGUUCACGGCUGCAGAGAGAGAUGAAGGCCUACAUGUCGGCCAUUAAAGCGAUGCAGCAGGUCUCCAUCAACCUGACGCAGUCCCUGCAUGAAGUCUAUGAACCAGACUGGCAUGGGAAAGAUGACGUCAUGGUCAUUGGGAAGGACUGUGAUGCAAUGUGGGAAGACUUUCACAACAAACUGGUGGACUCGUUGCUGCUGAACCUGGAUGAGUACCUGCUUCAGUUCCCUGACCUCAAGACUCGUGUGGCCAAACGAAGUCGUAAACUCAUUGACUACGACAGCGCUCGUCAUCACAUGGAAACUCUGCAGAUGUCGGGGAUGAAGAACGACCGCAAGAUGAUGAAGGUGAGCCCCUGUGUGGUGAAACGGGGAGAAGUCGGGGACCAGGUGUUGUACCAGCUGGAUGGAGUUCAUGGUCUGAAACCGACUUGUUGUUUUCUGAAGGCAGAGGAGGAGUUGAAGAAGGCUCAGAAGGUGUUCGAUGAGUUGGACGUCGGUCUGCAAGAUGAACUCCCGACUCUCUGGGACAGCCGGGUUGGUUUCUACAUCAGCACCUAUAAGAGCGUCACCAAUUUGGAGGCCAAAUUUCACCGCGAGAUCUCUCUGGUGUGCAGGCAGCUGUACGAGGUGAUGACCCAACUGGCCGAGCAGCACUCCGACAAGAUGUUCACCAUCCAAGGAGCGCCGAGUGAUUCAGGACCACUGAGACUUGCCAGAACACCAUCACCACCAGAAGAUGAGAGUUCACCCGAGAGUCCAGAAGCCACUUCUAACCACAUGCUCCACCCGGCCUCACCUGGACCACCGCGGCCCAAAUCCCCUAUACAGCUGAAAAAGGGCCCGCCGAUGCCUCCACCACCUAAAGCUACACCGACCAAGGAGGUGGCCGAAGAGCAGAUCAUCGACCUGUUUGGAGGCGACUUUUUACCAGCACCUUCACCAUCGCAGCCCAAUGAAAGACCAGGAGAAUCUCUUCUGGACCUGGACUUUGAUGCUUUUCAGCCACAAGAAAGUGUUUCUCCGAUACCACAGACCGCUGUGCCUUGGGAUAUGUGGUCGGAAAAUGCCCAAAGAGCUCAACCUCAGGCUGCAGACACCAGCUUCGUCGCCGACUGGUCCGCUGACUUUGGUUCAUUGUCAGCAAAGGAAGAUGCUGCUCCAGGAGUUGAGGCUCCUGCUGUAGGGCUGGAGAGGGCACAGGGUGGGGCACAGGGUGGGGCUCAGGACUUGCCCCAGACAGACGGCUGGCAGCCAGGUGCAGACACAACUACACCUCCUCAGGACAGUGAGGUAGCCACAGCAGCUGAAGAUGAGGUUAGCAGCUGGAACUAUCAAACUAACCCCAACCUACAUUCAUCUGCAGUUAGAGCUGAUGAAGUUGAGACUAGGCAGUCAGACUCAGUGGGAGCUACAGGGCAGGAGGAUCGCAGGAAGUCCACCCCAGGACUGAUAUUCACCAAUGAGUAUGGUGAAGAGAUUGAGGAUAGUACAGAGGACAGAGGGGACGAGUGGUCCGGGUCUCCAGAUAGGUUUGGUUCUGAAUAUGAGACCGCUGAGGAGUUGGGAGAUGCAGGCCAAGGGGGAGGCUGGGCAAGUGCCGAUGAUGAACUCUCAUAUGAAGAUUGUCCCCCAGUGAAUGUCUCGGAGGGGUUGGGGUGUGGACAUGGUGGUGGAGCAGGGUUAGGGUCUCAAACGGUAGAACAGGCGUACCCAGAGAGCGAAGCUGCAGAGGAAGAGCUGACAGGAAAAGAAUAUGAUCUCAAAUCGGUUUACAGUGAUCCUUUUGCUGAAACACGGGGAGGAGGUGCGUUUGAUUCAGAUCCUUUUGCUGAAACACGGGGAGGAGGUGCGUUUGAUUCAGAUCCUUUUGCUGAAACACGGGGAGGAGGUGCGUUUGACUCAGAUCCUUUUGCUGAAACACGGGGAGGAGGUGCGUUUGAUUCAGAUCCUUUUGCUGAAACACGGGGAGGAGGUGCGUUUGAUUCAGAUCCUUUUGCUGAAACACGGGGAGGAGGUGCAUUUGAUUCAGAUCCUUUUGCUGAAACACGGGGAGGAGGUGCGUUUGAUUCAGAUCCUUUUGCUGAAACACGGGGAGGAGGUGCGUUUGAUUCAGAUCCUUUUGCUGAAACACGGGGAGGAGGUGCAUUUGAUUCAGAUCCUUUUGCUGAAACACGGGGAGGAGGUGCAUUUGAUUCAGAUCCUUUUGCUGAAACACGGGGAGGAGGUGCGUUUGAUUCAGAUCCUGUUGCUCGUACAGAGUUUGGAAACAAAGGCGUUGGUUUUGAACUUGAUCAAUUUGCUGCAACCUCAGGAGAAGGUGGACUUGUCUCCACUGGGGAUGGAGAGAGAGGUGGGUGGGAUACAGACUCUUUUGCCAACACCUUCCCAGCCGCCUCUUCAGGGACUGAGGGUCCCUCCUACAGCAUGUCCUGGCAGAACGUUAGUCACAACAGUGACUUCGACUCCUUUUUCACUCAGCAAAACUUUGCUUCUGCUGCUGUCUCUGGGAUGGCAAAGGGAAUCCAAGAUGUAAUCGUUACCAGAAUUCACAAAGAACCAGAACAUUCAGACAUGUCCGAAGAUGAGUCUGCAAACCGGAGAUUUGGGAAGUUGUCCCGAGAGCUAGAUACAGAAAAGGAAGAGGAGAACAAUGCUUUACAUGGAUUUUUACAGGAUUCCACUGCCCCAUCAUUCUUUGCAGAUUUUAAUAAGAUGAAAGAAGUUCCCGCAGAUUUAACUGAUGCUUCAGAAGUCUCCGUGACAGAAGUUGCUGCGGAAAAAGAAAACCCUUCAUCUCCCCCUGCUGUCGAGGAGCCUCCAGGAGGGGGAGCUGGAAGUGAGGUGGAGGAUUUUGCAGCUUCCUCUGGUGGUGAGGAAGAUGCAGCAGAAAGUUCUGGCAGCCUGAAGGAAGACAAGUUUGAUGUGAGUAUCCCUCCUGCUGACGAAGACAAAGCCUCUUCAGCUGAAGCAGCUCCUUCGGAAAAGAUGCCGAUCCCCUCCGUCGUGAUCGAGCCGGCCUCCAGUAACGAAGGCGAUGACGACCGUGAUGCUGACAUCAUCUCUCCCACUGCCAUCAGUGACAACGGUGUAGCAGCUGAGAGCCAGACCAUCAAACACAUGAGUCCUUCUGGGGGAGUGUCAGGACUCCCUGAUGACUUCCUCUACAAGGUGGAGACGAUGCACGACUUUGAGGCUGCAAAUUCAGAUGAACUGGAACUGAACAGAGGCGACGUGGUGCUGGUGGUUCCCACUGCUUCGGUCGAGGAUCAGGAGGCCGGCUGGCUCACAGGAUUCAAAGAAAGCGAGUGGCUCACACUUGGCGCUGGUGCUCACAAAGGACUUUUCCCAGACAACUUCACACAGCGUUUGGAGUGAGCGGUCCCCCCAGCUGGUGGGCAUGAGCAGAAGCUUGAGACGUCCAAGCCGUCCAGUCAGCGUGUAGCCGACACCUAGAACCCCUUCUAGUCUACUGGACAAUACAAUGGUUCUAUGAUCUACAGAAGCCAAACAACAUGGUCAUAAAAAGUAGUUCUAUUCCCAGUAUAACUGAAAAUUCCUAAGCAUGACGUGAUAGUAUGGUCUACCCUUCUCUGGAAUUGAGAUGUUCUUUUGUUGCUUUUGAAAGAAGAAGAAAAUUAUAAUGUAUAAUGCAUUGGGAAUGUUGAAAUCUACAUGUUCACGCAAACAAAAAGCGAUCGUUUUCUGAAGAGAAGAAAGAUAUACUAAACCUUCUUUGCACCAAGUGUGUUGUAGUUAUUAUGUUGCUCUGCAAUUCAAGAAUCUGUAGUGCUGUGUGCUUUCUAAAUGUCCUCGGGUGCAAUGAAUCUCUGGAGUUUGUUAUUUUCAGACUUGUUAGAACUGCUGUAUUUCUCUUCCAUCAUCGUUGAGCGUAUGUGGUGAUCAGUUAAGUGUUGCUCUGUUCUUCACAAAAGAAUGAUACAUUUAUCAUCUGAGCAUUGACAAAGAAAGCAGUGCAUAUCCAGCAUGAACAAAUGUGAAUACUUUUAUCAAAGUAAGUAUUGUAAAAAAGUUAUCUUCCCACAAUUACAAAUAUGAAUGUUUAACUGUAUAAGUCACAUGUCUUAUUGAAAUUGUAUUUGCAAGAAAUGGAGCCAACCAGAAGGCUAUGUGUAUGAUCACAGAUAAGCUAUUUUAAAUGCAAUAUGCAAUCUAUGCUGUUGACAUAUUUCAGGAUUCCAUAAUCCUACGUUUGUUUCGAUUAACAAAUAUGAUGUCACUAACUGAUAUUAAAGUGUGACCUUUAAAUUAGAUCUUUUUGUGAUGUACAUUCCAUAAAUAUUUGUCAUGAUCAAUAAAUAAGACUUAAUAAGUUAA